AAGCGCACUUUAGAAAUUGACGACGAUGAAAUUGUCAUUCAAAACUAGCUAAAGCUGACGAAAAAUGCCUCUGCCUGCAUUGCAGAACAGCGGUGUGCUCUACCGGCGGAUCCUGACUCAGUUUCCUCAAGACAUCAGUCUGGCGUUCGCUUAUGGAUCGGCUGUGUUCAGACAGACUGGAAGCACUCAAGGUCAGAUGGGGAAGAACAUGCUGGACUUUGUGUUUGCAGUGGAUGACCCAGUCACAUGGCACACCAUGAACCUGAUAGAGAACAGGAAACAUUACUCUUUCCUCAAGUACCUGGGUCCAAAACCGAUCAGCAACAUACAGAACGACUACGGAGCUGGGGUCUACUUCAACACGCUAGUCCCUGCUGAUGAUAGGGUGUUGAAGUAUGGUGUGAUCAGUACAGAUACUCUAAUUGAUGACUUACUCCACUGGAAAACCCUGUACAUAGCAGGCAGAUUACACAAACCUGUUCGGAUUCUGCUCCAGAAUGAAAAUGGAAAACUGCGAGCUGCUCUCGUAGGCAACCUGAAAAGUGCAGUGAUUGCGUCAUUUCUCAUGCUGCCGGAAAGUUUUUCAGAAGAAGACCUUUUCCUCCAGAUUGCAGGACUGUCCUACUCUGGGGAUUUCAGGAUGGUGAUUGGUGAGGAUAAAUCCAAGGUUUCUAACAUCGUAAAGGACAACAUGCAACAUUUCCGGAAGUUAUAUAACAAUAUUCUUCAAGAGUGCCCGCAAGUGGUGUACAAGCCUCAACAGGGCAGACUGGAGGUUGACAAGAGUCCAGAGGGUCAGUUCACACAGCUCAUGGCUCUUCCAAGAACGCUCCAACAACAGAUCACCCGUCUGGUUGAUCCACCGGGAAAGAACAGAGAUGUGGAAGAGAUACUGCUGCAGGUGGCCCAGGAUCCAGACUGCGGCUCUGUAGUACAGCAGGGAAUUUCAUCAAUAGUGAAAACAUCAAGUUUAUCACAAAGUGCCAAAGGAAUUGUCACAGCUGGUGUUCUCAAAACGGUGUCAUACAGUGUUAAAAAGCUGCAGAAGAUGUGGAGAGGUGCACGAAGAAAACCAUCAUGAAGUUGAUAAUGAGUAAUAAUACUGUUAUUAAUAUUAAUGACUAAUAGCGAUUCAAAUAACGAUACUACUCGCACUUGAGUGCAUUCAGACUUCGUAAAAGUUUUUCGAAAAGGCUUUUCACAGUUCCUUCAGAUAUUUAUUGAAAUAAAGUAUGUAAUUGUGUUGAAAUAAUGACAAAUUUUACGUCAUGUUGGUCACCCUCUGCACUGUGCUGUAUCCAUUUCUGACAUGUGAUUUACAUUCUUUAAAAAAGGAUUGGUAAUAUGCAAUGUGCAGAAUUUCUGAUUAAAUGCUAAUAAACAUUUCAUGUUUUUAAAAUGAGGAUGCCGA